AUGUAUUAAAAACUAAUUCUUAUAAAUUUCUUUAUUUUUAGUAUUUUAUCUAAUUUUUUAAAAACUUAAUAUGGUUGCUCUUAAGGAUGUAUGUAAUGUAAUUAAUCUGGGGAAUGCUUAUAAUGUUAAGAUGGUUAUUAUUAAGAUUAAGAAAGUUAAUAAUGCUUAGAAAUCGCUACUAGAGUUCUAUAUAAUGUAAAAAGUUGUUCUGAAGAUGAAGGAUGUGCUUAAUGUUCUGAAGAUGGAUUAUGUUAAGAAUGUAAAGAUGGUUAUUAUGAUACUGAAAUAUAUAAAAAUGAUCCUAAUCCAAAGAAAGAAUGUAAUAGCUGUUAAUAUGGAUACAAUGACUGUAUUUAAUGUAAUUCAAGAAAAUGCGUAUAAUGUAUUGAAAACUAUGAAUAUAUUGGCUAUAAAUAAUAAUGUAUGUAAACAAACAUAGAUCCAUCUCAAUAUAAAUGUGACGAGGGAUGUGAGAAAUGUAAUUUUGCAGGAAUGUGUAGUGAAUGUUCUGAUGGUUAUCAUAAAGAAGAUGUAGUAAAUACUUACUGUGAUUAUACAUAUACGAGAUGUAAUAAAACUUGUACUACUCUUAAAAAUUGUCUAGAAUGUGAUGGUUAUACUUAGAUAUGCGCAAAAUGUAAGGAUUAGUAUAAUUAUGAUAAAAAAUUAAAAUUAUGCGUAUGA